AUGGGAUGCUCGUACACAAAGACGAUUGAGUUUGAAGAGAAACCAAAGAGAGGACGAAUGAGGACGCUGUUUGGACGGGAUCACAGACGUACCAAGGUUCAAACAAUUCAUAUCGGAGAUACCAUUAAAGUGCCAGUCAGUGAAGGAACACCAAUGUUAAAUCUGGCACGAAAGACGGAACAAACCGUGCUGAGACAGCUGAGAGAGGAAGGGAUCAUUCCAAAUAGGGGAUUAGGGGGCGUGGCAUUUACCGUGGAAUUUGACGAGGAAACACUAGAUCAGUCAACCUCAAAUGGCAUCUACAGUAAACUACCUGGAGUUCCACAAUAUACAAGAGAUAAACCCAAAACAAUUUCCACAAGACCUCGAAAAUUACCUCCCCUUACCACCAGAAAUCUUGUUAAGUUACCUCCAGAAAAACGAGAAGCAGACGCCGAAUUUUUGAAGGCCGAAGCAUUGCGACGGAAAGGACGAUUGGCGCAACUGUCAGAUCACAGACGAGAAUUGGCAGCAGCCAAAAGAGACGCAAGACAGAAAGAGAAACGCGAGCGAACGGAGGCGAAGAUGACAUCAAAACCGUCACAGGAAAACGGCAGAAUCGAUAAGGUCAUGGUCAAUGAGAAAUUGGAAAGAGCACGAAUAAACAGGGAACUAAAAACUGAAGAAAAAAGAGAAAGAACCCGUAAGAAAUUAUCUAGGAUUCCAAGGACUGAGCGAUCAAACAGGAUAUCAACAGAGGAGAAAUUAGAGCGGGCUCGCAAGAAUAGAGAGAAGGGGACGGAAGUAAUUAGGAAGAAAUGGGAAGAGAAAGAGAGAAAGGUCGAAGAGAUCUCGAGAAACCGAAGCUUGAAAACACCUGUGGCAUCAUCAUUUAAGUUAGAAAUUUAG